AUGGGAUCUGCGGCGAUGGAGACUACUGGUUUUGACACUAGCGUCAGGUACAUAGGAGACCCUGAGCAGCAACCAUUCCUCAGCGCAAGUGUGAAACUCGCAGAUAUGCCGAAAGCAAACAGCCCAACCGGCUUCCAGCCACUCAAGGAAACUGCGCUUUUCUCGCCGUUCAAGCUAGGCCCUCUGAAUCUUGAGCACAGAAUCGUGCAGGCACCAUUGACACGUAUGCGAGCAACCAAGGAAGAAGACGGCAUUUUCGUGCCGAAAGAACUACACGUUGAAUAUUACAGCCAACGCGCGAGCAAGGGUGGAUUGCAACUGACGGAGGCCACUGAUAUUUCCAAAUACGCCAGCGGAUACCCAGGUGUACCAGGUGUAUUCUCCGAAUCUCAGAUCGCCGGUUGGAAGAAGGUAACCGAUGCUGUCCACGCAAAGGGUGGUUAUAUCUUCUGUCAGUUAUGGCAUACUGGCCGUGCUAGCCCUCCAUCGUUCCGGGACGGAGCGCCAACUGUCAGCUCAAGCGACGUGCCUAUGGAGGGUAGUUGGCUUGACGGGGUUGCAUGCGCCGACCACCCACCCAAGCCGCUGACUGUUGAAGAAAUUCAAGAUCUGACAAAGAUCUGGGCUGAAGCCGCAAAGAAAGCUGUCGAGGCUGGCUUCGACGGCAUCGAGAUCCACGGCGCGAACGGAUAUUUGCUAGAUCAAUUCCUGCACGACAAUGUGAACAAGAGAACAGACCAGUACGGUGGAUCGAUAGAGGGCCGUAGCCGAUUUCCCCUCGAAGUCGUUCAAGCGUGCUCAAAGGCCAUCGGUGCUGAUAGAGUCGGCAUCCGUCUCAGCCCAUACAACUACUUCCAAAACACCAAGGACAGCAAUCCCAACGAGCAUUGGGAGUACCUGUGCGAGAAAAUCGCGUCGCUUCCGCAGGGCAAGAGGCCGGCCUAUGUUCAUAUGGUCGAACCGCGUUUCGACGAGGUCCUAGACGAACAGGCCAAGAUGGACGCUCUCGCCGCAUACACCACAAGGGGAGGCAAGGGCGUGGAAGCAGAAGCGACUGUGAAGGUCAAGGGCAAUACCCUGGUUAACUUCCGCAACAUCCUGCAGAAGGGUGGUGUGAAGUUCAUCGCGGCUGGUGGCUUCGAUAGGAACAACGCCGCGCCGAAAGUCGAAUCCGGAGAUGCUGAUCUCAUCAUCUUCGGUCGAUGGUUCAUCGCGAACCCUGAUCUUCCCGAGCGCCUCGCUGAGGGUCUGGAACUAAACCAGUACGAUCGCAACACCUUCUAUGGCGCCGAUCCGCCGCAAAAGGGGUACACGGACUAUCCUUUCCAUGCGCAGACGGCGUCUGCUUGA